UCAAAAUAAACCAACAUGCAGAAACUCUAAACUGUAAGGACUAAGAUGCAAUUUCUACAAACAUGCUUAAAUUAUAAAUCUUUCGCCGCCUUAAACUCUCCCAACACAUCUGCAACAAUUGUACCUUCGCUCCCACAACAAUUGCUGCCAUGGAAGUCACUGAAAAAGACGAAAUAGAGAUCACGUGUUCCGUCGACUCGAACACGUGUUCGGAAACUACGGUUGAAGACGGAAUUAAGCUUCCAUGCUCGGGAAUUACGGACGAGUCUGUUUCUUCUUCUCCUGCUGCUGAUGAAAAAUAUGGAUCGUAUAUAUUUUUAAUUCCGAAAGAGUAUGGUGUGACGCAACCGACGUAUGAGGGCUAUCUUCCUGCUGCUGCUGCUGAUGAAAACUAUCGACCAUAUAUAUUUUUCGUAAUUCCGGAAGAGUAUGGUGUGAUGCCACCGACGUAUAAGGCCUAUCCUCCAGGGUGGAUAUGUGUAGAUACAGGGUACAGGGCAAUUCCUCCCGAUUGGGAUGCCGUACCUCCAAUCGAAGGGACUCCCGUUGUUGAUGUGGAUGUGUCGGCUCCUCGCGUUGAGGUUCCUGUUAGUAUGGUUUUUCCAAGGCCCAAAGUUAUUAUGCAAGAUGAAUCUAUUCCAUAGGGUUGGAACCGUAUUCCAAUAUAUUGGAAGAUCCUUCAACCAGGUUGGCAAAGCUUUCCUCCGGAUCAGGAGGUCGUGCCUCCCACAUGGCGCAGUGUUCCUUGCGAUUGGCAGGUCAAACCACCCCUGGCGGCCCCUACGCAGCAGGUCACUGUUAAAGACGAAAUUAAGCAUUUGGAAUUUGUGGAGGUAAAUAAUUCUCUAAUUUAAUGAAAUUUUGUAAUCUUUUAAUGAGUUUCUAGGGUUCCGAAUUUUCCCAAGCUUUUGGUAAAUCCCAAAAUUUUUGGAAUUGGAAUUGCUUCCGGAAACACAUAAGAAUUAUUUCUGAGAUGGGACCCUCUGAAUUUUUUGUCUAUGCGCGUUGAUAUAUUUUGAGUUUAUAUGUUUCUUGACGUACUCUAGUUUGUACUAAGUACUAAGUAACACAGAUGAUUUCCCCAUAAAAUAUAUGGUACAUCUGAUCAAGGGCAUACUUGAGGUAGAAAAAAGUUAUCUUCAUUCAAAGAUGCAUACAUGGUUAUGUGUAUUUUUGUAUAUAGGUGGAUGAUAAUUAUGAUUUGUGAUAUCUUACUCACUGAGUAACGCAAUGGGCUGGUUGGUUUGGUGUCAGGAUGACUGUGUCUGUGGAUGGUGAUAAAAAAACGGGAUUGUAUAUACGUAUUAUAAUUCCAAAAGAGUAUGGGAUGAUGCGACCGGGCUAUAAAGCGUAGCUGAUAAAAAAAGGGGAUUGUAUAUACGUAUUAUAAUUCCAAAAGAGUAUGGGAUGAUGCGACCGGGCUAUAAAGCGUAUCCUCAAGGGUGGAUAGGUGUGAAACUAGGGUAUAGGGCAAUCCCUCCUGAUUGGAUUGGUGUACCUCUGCAGGCAGCUUUUCUUUAUGAUGUA